AUGGAAUUAUAAAAAAAUGAAAAAAAACAAACAAUAAGAUGGAAAGCUGGAAAAGAAAUAGGAUUCGGUUCUUUUGGCAGAGUAAUUGAAGGUCUAAAUAAAUUAACAGAAGUUAAACUACUAUCAGAAAUGAAGCAUAAAAACAUAGUAAAAUACAUUGACGUUUAAGAAGAUAAAAACGGUUAGCAUAUAAGUGUGCUUUUAGAAUAUUUAGUUGGAGGUUCAAUUUGUGAUUAAAUAAAUAAAUAUGGAAAACUAAAUGAAAAUAUAGUUAAAAAGUAUACAAAAGAUAUUCUUUAAGGUUUAGAAUAUUUACAUUAUCAUGGAAUAGUACAUAGAGAUAUAAAAGGAGCAAAUAUAUUAGUUGAUCAUAAUGGAGUUUGUAAAGUAGCAGAUUUCGGAGAGGCAAAAAAAAUAAUAUAAUAAGAAAAAUAAUUAAGUUUAUAAGGAACAGCAAAUUGGAUGGCUCCAGAAGUAAUAAAAUAACAAAAUUAUGGAAGAUUUUCAGAUAUUUGGAGUUUAGGAGGAACAGUUAUUGAAAUGUUAAGUGGUAAACCUCCUUUUAGUGGUUUAGGAAAUGCUUUAUCAACAAUGUAUAAAAUAGCUUAGGAUAAUAAACCUCCAGAGAUACCUCAUUUCGUGAGUGAUGAAUGUAAAGAUUUUCUCGAUAAGUGCUUUAAGAUUAAUCCUUUGGAAAGAUGGAAUAUUUAUCAAUUAUUGAGGCAUUAAUUUAUAACUGAUUAGGGAACUAGUUAUUUAAGAGAUAAAUAAAAAAAAAAUAUAAGUGAUGGAAAUAGAAUGAAUAGUAUAAAUAAAUUAAAAGAGUAAUUAGGAUUAUAAGAUGAAAAAUAAGAAAUACAAAAAUAGGAAAUCCAAGAAUAGGAAGAAGAAUUUAAAGCAAAUAUAAGUGAUAAUUUUGUAUUAAGUGAGGAUGACAAAUCCAUUAAAAAUAUUUAAAAAACUAGUAAUGGACCUAAAAAAGAAAAUUUAAACAAUGUAUUUUUAGAUGAGGAAGAAGUGGAUUAAUAAAAUAAAAAAUAUGAUAAGUAAAGGAACAAUUAUAUAUGA